AUGCUCGCGGCUGAUGGCAAUCCACCGGUGCGGGCCGACGUGAAGCGAUUCUACAAAGAGGUGGGCGUGGAGGAGAAGGACGAGGGAUCGUUUGCGGUGACGGUUGAUGGACGGGUGGUGAAGACUCCGAUGCGCGCUCCGCUCGUUCUGCCGUCCGAGGCCCUGGCUGUCGCUGUGGCACAAGAGUGGGAUGCGCAGCGGACCCACAUCGAGCCGCUCUUCAUGCCGCUGACCAAGUUUGCAUCAACCGUCCUCGAUCGCUAUCCCGAGGUCCGCGACAAGGUCACCAACAACCUCGUCAAGUACCUCGCCUCCGACUCGCUCGCGUUCCGCAACCAUAACCCGGGAUCGCUCGCCGCCCUGCAGCACAAGAAGUGGGACCCGGUUGUCGAGUGGGUCGGCCAGAACCACGGCGUGGUCCUCGAUGUUACAGACGGCCUCAUGCCGAGCCAUCCAGCGCAGUCGGCCGAGGCGCUGCGGAAGUACCUUGAUGCCCUCGACGACUGGCAGCUCGUCGGCUUUGACCGCAUCGCCGCAUCGACUCGCUCCGUCACACUCUCGCUCGCCCUCACCGAGGGCCAUCUGAGCCCCGAGCAGACGCUGGCCCUGUCCCGGCUCGAGGAGGAGUUCCAGACUGGCGUCUGGGGCGUGGUCGAGGGCGGCCACGACAUCGACGAGACCGUUGCAAUGGUUGAUCUCACCGCCACCGACGUUUACCUCCGCAUCCUGCAGCUUAGCCAGCCGUAA